AUGACCAACUUGCCAUAUUUAUUGAUUACUUGGUCUCUAAGGUCCUACGUGACUUUAGGAUUCCAACAGAUGGCAGUCAAUCAUGAAAUUGAAACCCAAGAACAAGUCGUCAAUCAUGAUACUGAAACUCAAGAGGAAGUGGUCAAUCAUGAAACUGAAACUCAAGAGGAAGUGAUCAAUCAUGAAGUUGAAACUGAAGAACCAGUGGGAACUUACCAUGUAGAGGAACCAAGUUGGAAAGAUGAUGUUGAGUAUAUUGUCCAAAAAUAUUGUCAACAUCAACUAGAAGUGGAUUAUCUAGUGAUUAUGGUGAGUGAUGAUAGUGGAGAGGCUUUUUGUUUUGAGAGUAGAUUUGGUUCUGAGGGUAGUGGAGAUGAUUCUGAUGAUAGUGACUACAAUGUGGAUGAGUCCCACAUACAAUUUGAUGUUGAUGUAGACAUUACUGAAUUCCAUAAUGUUGUUGAUGUAGAUAAACAUGGAACCUUAAACAAUCAUUCAACAGAUUAA